CAACCAUCUUUCUCCCAUCAUUACUUGUCACGACCCACCCACAAAGGGAAGAAAUAUAUCACAAAGACAGAGAGAAAGAGGCAGCCCAGUGGUAAAAGAUGUCAAAAGAUUGCGGUAACCACGGUGGAGGCAAAGAAGCAGCCGUCCGGCGAAUCUUAACCGCCGUAAUAGCCUUCAUCAUAAUAGUCCUAAUCACCAUCUUCCUAGUAUGGGCCAUACUUAGGCCCACCAAGCCAAGAUUCGUCCUCCAGGACGCCACAGUCUUCGCCUUCAAUCUCUCGCAACCAAACCUACUCACCACAAACUUCCAAGUCACAUUCGCAUCACGUAACCCUAACUCCAAGAUCGGAAUCUACUACGACCGUCUCCACGUCUACGCUACGUACCGGAACCAGCAGAUAACUCUCCGUACGGCGAUUCCUCCAACGUACCAAGGCCACAAAGAAGACAACAUCUGGUCUCCGUUCGUUUACGGAACCGCUGUUCCCAUAGCUCCUUACAACUCCGUCGCGUUGGGGGAUGAGCAAGGACGUGGGUUCGUCGGGUUGAUGAUACGCGCAGAUGGGCGCGUGAGGUGGAAAGUAGGGACGUUGAUCACCGGGAAAUACCAUAUCCAUGUUCGGUGUCCGGCCUACAUCAAUCUUGGAAACAAAGCUGCUGGUGUUAUUGUUGGUGACAACGCCGUUAAGUAUACGUUGGUUACUAAAUGCAGUGUCAAUGUUUAGAACAUUGACGGCGUUAAGUUGCUUUUCCCCUUUUUUAAUUUAUUCAUAAUCAAUCAUUUUCUUUUUAAGAACAAAUUUGCCAAACUUCUUCUUCCACCAGCAAGAUAAGGUUUCUGUUUCACUACUUUUGGUUGUUAAGGUUAGUGUUGAUUAUUAUUAUAGAACAAUUACAGUCACGAUGGUGUGUGGUUGGAUUUAACUAUAUAUCCACUUAAGGUGAAAAAGAUGGAUUGGGAAUUUCUUUUGUGUUUA